UACCAGCCAGUUAGAAGCCAUUACGACACCGCGCUGUGUGCAGAAGACGACAGAAACAAACAUAGUAAAACUGUUUUUAUCUUAUAGAGUAUUGUCUUUGAAACAGGAGAAGUCCGUAGUCGAAGAAGUCAAAGGGGGAAAAAAGAUAUUUACGGAGGUUAAACGACGACUGUAUUUUUCACCCGGGACGUCAAGCUUGGCGGAGGGAUUUAACAGAGCGUUCUAGACAUCGGAAGAGUGAAAUCCGCCAUCUAAAUCCGCUCCAAUUGUUUAUUUCCAUCACAUAUCUUCGUUUUGCGGUCCGUGCUUGGCUUUUCUCUUAGGUCUCUGUCUUUAUUUAGAUGGCAAGCUUCCCAGACUCUGUCAACGAAAAUGAUAUAGGUAAGGCUAAGUUCAUCGGUGAACUCCUGGUGCCCGUUGCUCCCUUCGACCAGAAGUCUGGGCGCGAGGCUUGGACUGUAGCCUUUGCACCCAAUGGUACCUACUUUGCUUGGUCUCAGGGGCAUCGCAUUGUCAGGCUCGUUCCCUGGCAAAAAUGCCUGAAGAACUUCUAUACUGGCCAGGAUGGAGAGGGCACCAAUGCCUCAAGCCCGCGGCGCCUGUCCCGACAGAACAGCGAUGGAGGCCAGGUAAUACCAGUGGCCAACGAGCCCCGCGAACACACCAUCGACUGCGGUGACAUUGUCUGGGGUUUGGCCUUCGGCUCCUCGGUACCAGAGAAGCAGAGCCGCUGUGUUAACAUCGAGUGGCACCGGUUCAAGUUCGGCCAGGACCAGUUGCUACUGGCAACAGGCCUCAACAAUGGUCGCAUCAAGAUCUGGGAUGUUUACACUGGAAAACUUUUGCUGAACCUGAUGGAUCAUACUGAUGUAGUGCGAGACUUGACCUUUGCUCCUGAUGGCAGCCUCAUGCUGGUCUCUGCAUCCAGAGAUAAGACCCUCCGUGUGUGGGAUCUCAAAGAUGACGGUAACAUGGUGAAGGUCUUGCGGGGGCAUCAGAACUGGGUGUACUGUAGCGCCUUCUCCCCCGACUCCUCCAUCCUUUGCUCAGUGGGUGCUGGCAAAGCAGUGUUCCUAUGGAACAUGGAUAAGUACACGUUGAUGAGGAAGCUGGAGGGACACCAUAAUGAUGUGGUGUCUUGUGAGUUUUCACCAGAUGGGGCGAUGUUGGCCACCGCCUCUUAUGACACACGCGUCAUCGUGUGGGACCACCACAAGGGCACCAUUCUGCUGGAGCUGGGCCAUCUCUUCCCUCCUCCAUCACCCAUUUUUGCUGGAGGGGCAAAUGACCGCUGGGUUCGCUCUGUGAGCUUCUGCCCUGAUGGCCGCCACAUUGCCAGCAUUACUGAUGACAGGCUGGUUCGUUUCUGGAGCAUCGAGGAAAGAGCUCCUCAGGCCAUCGCCUCUCUCUCUAAUGGCCUCUGCUGUGCCUUCUCCUCUGAAGGAAGUGUCCUUGCUGCUGGGACUCGUGAUGGUGGUGUGCACUUCUGGGAAAGUCCUCGUAGCAUUGCCAGUCUGCAGCACAUGAGCAGGAUGGCUCUCCGCCGGGUGAUGACCACAGAGCAGGUGGAGACUCUGGCCAUUCCCACGCCACUCCGCGACUACCUAACCUAUAAAGUCAUCUAAUCCCCCAUCCACCCAGCCCCCACUGCCCCUGCUGCAGCAUGCUGCUGGAAAACCAAUGAAUCCCUCACAAACAUUUUUUUAGAGAACUCUGUUGAAAGGACAAACGAAACCAAUCUGGACAUGAGGACAAGAGGUUAAUUUUACUGAUGCCCCAGAGCCACGUUCCUAUCCCCCCCCCAACCACAUCCUCACACAGCAGGAUGUUGUGUUGUUUUGUACAUAUUUAUUUUUUGUUAGUGCUUUAGUAAAGGAGUUUGCUGAGGCCAGCACACAAUCCAUACCUGUAAGGUCAAGUUAUUUCUGGGGCCUCCUGCCCCUUCACCACAUCAGUGUGGUACCUGAAAGUGUUCUGCUCCAGCUCUUCACCAAGUUCACUAAACUCCUCCUCUUCUUCUUCUUUUCCUCUGACUUGAAAUGGCUUUUGCACUUAAUAUAAGAAGCUUUGCGGUUGUGCUUGCUGUUACUGUCAGAUUUUCAGUUUGUAAGUGUGUGAGCUAAAGGGAAGAGACGCAUGGGACGUAAGGGUUUAAAGGAUGCAGGGUUUUUGAAGGCCAACACUAAGAUCUUUGGACUACUGAUACUGUGGACUUACUUUUCUUUAAUUCUGAUCUUAACAAUCCAAGCAGCCAGUGUUCUCACACAUUGUGAAUAUUUUUUUCUUAAACAGUAUUUACAGCACAAUCAAAUGUCCUGGACUUUUUUAAUGUGGCUUAGCAGCAGAUGUUAUUUCCAAUAUAAAAACACUUGCCAGAUUUAUCAGCAGUUCAAGUACAGUGUGUAACGUAGCUAUCAUUCAGCUCAAUGUCAGCAUCAUAUAGUUUUUAUACAAUCAGACUCCACAAACUAGCUUGACGUUCAGCCUAGAAAUCGCUCCUAAUAUCCACUGCAGCUUACAUUAUUCAAGCCCUGACAUGAUGCAGCAACAGUGCACCCAAAACAUGUCUGACUGGCAACAUAAUGGCAACAGUGUGUGUGUGUGUGUGUGUGUGUGUGUGUGUGUGUGUGUGUGUGUGUGUGUGUGUGUGUGUGUGUGUGUGUGUGUGUGUGUGUGUGUGUGUGUGUGUGUGUGUGUGUGUGUGUGUGUGUGUGUGUGUGUGUGUGUGUGUGUGCGCGCGCAUGUGUUCCCUAUAAAGCCUUGAGAUGAACGUUGUCAAUGAUCUCACACUAAAGCAAAGCCCAUCUGCUGCUUCACUGCUAUCUAUAUUUAAACCUGUAAAAAAAACCUGUAUACACAAUUCCAUGUGAUAUGUAUGUACAUACAAAACUGUAUCAUGUCUGUAAACAUAUCAAAGUCUAGCUUUUUUUUUUGGUCACGUUCUGAUGAACAUUUGUAUUUUUGUAUUUGUAUUUCAUUUUGUUCUCCUUUUAAAUGUGAAAAUGUCUACAAAUAACUACAGCUGUCUUACUGCUAAAGCUCAGAAAGAUAUUCCAUUUCUCUGUGCAGGUCUGACUAAGACUGUAGCAUUGAAUGCUCCUGUGCCCUGUCACACUUUGCUCUGUGUUGAAAUGACUGCGAGCAAAGCCAGCAACCUCGAAAGUAACAUUUUUCCUCUGAUAAACAAAUGAGACCAAGUGACUGCCAGCCUCUGUCAUCUGGUGUCAAAGACCUUCAUGUUCACUGUAUUUGAGAUAGAAAUCUGCACAUGAUAAUCCACAGUGACUCUUAAGAAAUCUUCAGUUUCUUGAUUGUCAUUUUCAGUUUGUAUGUUGGUGAGAGGAGAUAAGAAGAAGGGAAAACAAGCUCUGAGUGUUCUGUUUGUGUCUGUGUAGGCAGGUGAGUGCAGAGCAGCUGCAAUAAGUUCUCUGACAGUCAGUGCUAAUGCCAAAGGUUUCCCUGUGUGAUAGUCUGUGAAUGGUCAGGCUCUCAUACUCCUCCGCUGAUAGAUGAUGUCUCACAAAUAGGCUGCAGUGCUUUGUUCUCCAUACAGAACCUUAACCAUUGUGAUUGGAAAAACACAGUCCUGCCUCAGUUGGAUGCAGUAUGAAUCGCUAAAUAUAUCAAAUAUAUAUGAAUGUAUACAUUUCCUUUUUUUGGUCAUGUUUUUUUUGUUGUGUUUGUAGUUUCAAUAAAGGCUUUUUAACA